GGACAGAGGAGAGUCUAGUAGGGCCUCGGCCGUUUCUUCGUCUCCACAGCUCCCGCAGCCGCGGACCAGCGCGUCACUCUACCGGGUUCCGGCGUCUCCCCUUAGCGCGGCAUCCAUGGCGGAGCAGACGGAAAGGGCUUUCUUGAAGCAGCCCAAGGUGUUUCUCUGUUCCAAGAAGGCCACCAAGGUAAACAAACCUGGCAAGGGAGGAAACAGAUUCUGGAAGAACAUUGGCCUUGGUUUCAAGACACCCAGGGAAGCCAUUGAAGGAACCUACAUUGAUAAGAAAUGUCCAUUCACCGGCACUGUGUCUAUCAGGGGUCGCAUCAUCGCUGGAACAUGCCACAGUGCUAAGAUGAAUAGGACCAUCAUUGUUCGUAGGAAUUAUCUUCACUUUGUCAAGAAGUACCAGAGGUAUGAGAAGAGACACUCCAACAUCCCUGCGCACAUUUCACCAUGCUUUCGUGUCAAGGAAGGAGAUCAUGUGAUCAUUGGCCAGUGCAGGCCAGUGUCGAAGACUGUAAGGUUCAAUGUGCUCAAAGUUAUUCCUGCAGGUUCGAAGAGUGGAGCAGUGAAGAAAGCUUUCACUGCCGCUUAAGAUCAUGACGAGUUCAUCAUCCAUGGCCCGGAAAAGCUCUGUUAUAACGUUUUGAUGCUGCCUAUUAGCCUUUUUCCCCGUAACUACUAUAUGUGUACUUGGAAUUGGACUUGAAUUACAUCCAGAACUUGAAAUCCUGAAAAAAAAAAAUCAUAACCCUUUGUCUGAUUGCUUAGCACCUUUUAGUUUCAGUAAAAGCAUAUGACCCUCAAAAUGUUUUCUAGGUCAGUAGUGAUACGUUUGAAACCUUUUGGCAUCCAUCUUGGCUUGAAAAAAUUGCUAUUUUGACAUUCUCAAUUGUGGCUCUGUGCUAUUAUGCC